AGAGAAUUCCCCCCACCUCCCUAACCACCGAACUGCCCUGCCUGCCCUCGUGGGUGGGGCCCCGGCAAUCUCCGGGGACCAACAGGGGCCUUGGCAACGGAAGCCACCGUGUCGCAGCAACAGGCCACUAGGUGAGGCGGCACUGGGCUGGGGCAGGCCAAGAGUUCCUUUCCCCUAUGGAGCGUGUGGCAGCCACAGGCCCCAGGCCAGGGGCCCCCCCUCGGGCCAUUGAGAAUGUUCUGCCACAGGCAGAGGACUGGCUGCCAGGAGUCCCAGGGGGUGCCCCAGCCUGGGCCACCAGCCUUGAAACAGAGCUUCCCUCAGAUCUAGAGCUGAGUGAGGAGCAGCGGCUGCAGAUUUCUAAGGAGCUCGUCGACCUGCAGAUCACAACCCACCGCCUGCGGGAGCAGCAUGAGGCUGAAAUCUUCGAGCUGAAGAGUGAGGUCCUGCGGCUGGAGAGCCGGGUGCUAGAGCUGGAGCUGCACGGAGAGCAUGCAGCCCUGCCAGAGGCUGACCCAGGGCACCGCCAGGCACUGGCACAGGAGCUCGGGCACAAGGCCCAUGGGCAGGGACCCUCUGACCGCCGCAGACUUCAGGUGCAGCCCCAGGACUUCCUGACCCCUGGGAACGAGCAGCAGAAGCUGAGGAACAGCAUGAGUGGAGAAGUGAAGCAGGCACUGGAACAGCACAGAGCACGGGAGCAAGCACUGGAGACGCCAGUGGCAGCCCUGUGCCGGCAGCUGCAGGGAGCCCGAGAAGAGGCCAGGACAGCUAGGCAGCGCCUGGCUGCACAAGCUGUGGUGUUGUCCGCCUGCCACGGCCAGCUCCGCCAGGCAGAGGCUGAGAACGCCCGGCUGCAGCUGCAGCUCAAGAAGCUAAACGAGGAGUACGCCAUCCGGCUGCAGCGCUGCGCCCGCGCCGUGGCCGAGUAUGCGCAUGGUGCGGGUCAGGCGCCUACAGCCGCAGCCCUUCGAACAUUCCUGGAGACCACCCUGGAGGACAUCCGGGCAGCACACCACAGCCGUGAGCAACAGCUGGCCCGGGCUGCUCGCGCCUACCGCAAGCGCCUGGCAGAUCUGAGCCGUAGGCAUGAGGAGCUGCUGACCGCCCACAGUGUGCCGCAGGCGCUGGCAGACCCCCACGGGGUAUCCAGGACCCCCAAGGCUACCUUUGAUGCAGCCACCUCUGACCUGGAGCCACUGCCCCUGCACCUGGUCACCGAGCUCGACCACCUGUGGGAGGAUCAGCCCAGCGGGCUUACAAUGCUGCUCUUGUUCCCACAGAAGGGACCCGGUGAAGCCUCCCAGGGGGGCACAUCAGAGCCACAGGGCCUGGAAGCUGCAUCCUGGGCCCAGAUCCGCCAGGAGCUCCAGGAGUUCUCUCGUGGCACCCAGAGCUGGAACAGGAGCGGGCACAGCUGCUAGUCCGGGCUACGAUGGCUGAGGAGCAACUUUCCGAGCUACAGGAGUACGUGGACCAGCACCUGGGCAGCAGGUACAAGCAAGAGAUCCUGAGGCUGAGGAAGCUGGUGGGUACAGAGGACCCCUGGAAAAUUGGGGGCACACCUCCAGCCAAGCCCCAGCGCCCAAGGACCCGGAGCCACUAGCUGGUCAUUGGAUAAACUCAGAGCAAAACUCUUCCCAGGCAGCAUGGAGUCCUCCCCACUGUCCCCGCUUGAGGGGUCAUUCCACCCAGCUCUCCACCCAACAAGAGUCAGGAAGCAGCCCACUGAG